GCGCGGCGUUUGGCGUGGGAGGCGGGCCGCGUGACAUGGCCAACGGCAACGAGAGCAGCGAGGGCGCCGGCGGCCCGGUGGGCGUGGUGGUGGCGACCGCGGGCGGCGUAGGGGGGGUGGGGGGGCCGGCCUCCGCCGUCUCCACCUACCUGAAGCUGGUGCUGCUGGGGCUGAUCAUCUGCGUCAGCCUGGUGGGCAACCUGGUGGUGUCCCUGCUGGUGCUGCGGGACCGCACGCUCCACAAGGCGCCCUACUACUUCCUGCUGGACCUGUGCCUGGCCGACAGCGUCCGCUCGGCCGUGUGCUUCCCCUUCGUCCUGGUGUCCAUCAAGAACGGCUCGGCCUGGACGUACAGCGUGCUGAGCUGCAAGGUGGUGGCCUUCAUGGCCGUCCUCUUCUGCUUCCACGCCGCCUUCAUGCUGUUCUGCAUCAGCGUGACGCGCUACAUGGCCAUCGCCCACCACCGCUUCUACUCCAAGCGGAUGACCUUCUGGACGUGCGUGGCCGUGGUGUGCAUGGUGUGGACGCUGUCGGUGGCCAUGGCGUUCCCGCCCGUCUUCGACGUGGGCACCUACAAGUUCAUCCGCGAGGAGGACCAGUGCAUCUUCGAGCACCGCUACUUCAAGGCCAACGACACGCUGGGCUUCAUGCUGAUGCUGGCCGUGCUCAUCCUGGCCACGCACGUGGUCUACAUGAAGCUGCUGCUCUUUGAGUACAAGCACCGCAAGAUGAAGCCCGUUCAGAUGGUGCCGGCCAUCAGCCAGAACUGGACCUUCCACGGCCCCGGGGCCACGGGCCAGGCGGCGGCCAACUGGAUCGCGGGCUUCGGGAGGGGCCCCAUGCCGCCCACCCUGCUGGGGAUCCGGCAGAACUUGCACAACCAGAACCGACGCCUGCUGGGCAUGGAGGAGUUCAAGGCGGAGAAGCAGCUGGGCAGGAUGUUCUACGUGAUCACGCUGCUCUUCCUGGUGCUGUGGUCGCCGUACAUCGUGGCGUGCUACUGGCGCGUGUUCGUCAAGGCGUGCACGCUGCCGCACCGGUACCUCUCCACCACCGUGUGGAUGAGCUUCGCCCAGGCCGGGGUCAACCCCAUCGUGUGCUUCUUCCUCAACAAGGACCUGAAGAAGGGGUUCCUGGCCAGCCUGCCGGCCUGCUGCAGGACUAAACCUCACCCGCCACGGGAGCCUUACUGCGUCAUGUGAGCAGGCGUGGGGGAGCAGGGGGCUGGAGGAGGGGAUCGGGAGGAGGAGAUGACGGGAGGAUGAGGGGGAUGAGAGAGUGGGUUCUGGAGAACGAUUGUUGAUGGGGGAUAGGGGGUGGGGGGAUUUUCUUGGCUUUGGUUGAUUUGGUACGAGCCUCUUGAGAUGUGGUUGCGUAUGUCACCGAGGGCGAUGUUCAGAGAGUUUCCACCAUUUUAUCCGCGGUUGGGUUUUACAGAAGGUUAAACAGACGAAUGUGUCAAACAGAAGAAUGAGGUAUGAAGUAGUAUUCUUGCAUUCCAAAGUUAAACCAGUUCUACAAGAGACAAAUGGUAAAAUGGUAUCCAAUACUUUAUGUUCAAACACUAGUUAAAAGCCCAAAAACUAGAGACAUAAAUCGAAGUUAAUUGAAUCUACAACUAAUAUAAAGAUACUGCAUGUUUAUGUUGAUGCAGUAUUUCACCAAGUCUCCAAGGUAUAUUUUGGUAAAAACUUUUGAUUUCAUCAUUUUACUGUUUAUUGGAGCAUUUCAAAUAUCUGUAGAAUAAAGAAAGGAAUCCAAAAAAAAAUUAACUAUGAUGUAAUAAUAAGUAUGAAGAGACAGACGGCAGGGGAACAUACCAAAUUGAUUAUAAUAAUUAUAUGUAUAUUUAUCUAACCAUGUCCUGUCUUUCCCUAAUUUAUUUAAGGUCAGGUCGUAAGGACCACAGCUUAAAGAGUAAGCCAACACAAAGGCAAACCUUUACAUUGUCUAUAAUAUCUAAUAUUAAAUGUCUUAAUAAGGUAAUACUUUCAAUUUGAUUAUGUAUUAAUACAGAUUCUCCUCCUGGACUUUUAAGAUAAAUAAAACAGAUGAUACUUGGUUUGAUAAUAGUCAAGAUACAAAAGAAUCCUAUUUAUUUAUCAUAAUUACUAUUUUCUUCAUUACUCUAGACAAUUAAAACCACAACAACGAAAGUCUGGCCUAAUAUUAAAGAGAGUAAUACAAUUGUUAUAAAAAUGACAGUAAUUGUAAUACGAAUAUUAAAAAGUAUUAACUUUAUUACCAUUUGCAGGAAACUGUUCCUCAAAAUGGUCGGAUUAGCUCCUUGAAACCCUGUGGGGCUGUGUUUGAUGACGAUGAGACAAACAUUAUCACCCAUUUAGAGACUUAUUAAGUAUUAGCUUCCAUUGUUUGAUUGGAUUAUUCAUGUCCUAUAUAAACAUUAUUAAUGCUACAACUUUCGUAGCAGAUUUUUUUCAUUCAGUGAUUUUAUAUUAAAGAUAUGACAGUUGGUCUGCAGAACGCACUGCAGGGGCUUCACAUUUAAACGCCAUUAACAUGGUGCCCCUGCAAAGUGCCGGUAAUGCAUGACUGCAGUGCAGUGUUGAAGAGAAAUUGAUUAGUGACUAAAUUGGUUAAUAAAAGAUGUGUCGUUCAGGGGACCAUUGAGGUUCCAUUUUAUAACUGACUUUGGGGGAGUGAGAAGCUAACUUCUAAGCUAACUGGAGCCUCACUCACCAGACACAUCAGUUAGCAGUGAGCAGUUGUCAUUAAAAACAAACUAAAUGACCCAGUGUUUUAAAUUUCCUAGACUGUAAGCCCAACUGCUAUCAUGAGAUACGAUUGGUAUAUUGAAUGGUCCGUCGUAAAUGUAAUAUAACAUCAAGGUCUGACGUUUUUGGUUGGGUUUCUCUUAGUACUUAAAGGUGCAGUGUUUAGGAUUAAGUGGCAUUGAGUCGGUGAUGUUGCAACCAACUGAAACCUUCCAAUGACGUUGGAGAAGCUACGCUGGCUACGGUGUAAGCUGCCAGUAGGUACUUCCAAAAUAAUGUCAUCGUCGACGACAGCAUCAAGUAGCCAAGUAUGAAGUAACAAAGUUCCAUGAUAGAUUUGUAAAUCAUAUUGAGUUGAUAGUCUGGAAAGCUUUACGUCAAAGCUCACAAGUAAGGUAGUGAUUAUAAUUGUUAAAUUAAAACACAUCCCGCUAGACCUGUUUGAUGGUUCUGGGCUACUAUAGAAACAUGGUGGGCCCCUUGGAAUGGGGCCCGCUCAAAAUAUAGAUAUAAAGGGGAUCGUUCUCAGAUAUUGAAAACACAACAAUAGUUAAUAUGUUUAUUGUAUUAUACACAAAGUCUGUUGCGCUGAAUGCCAUACCAUACCAAAUUCUAUACACUGCACCUUUAAGUAGAGCAAGACUUAAAAACUCCUUUAGGAGUUGCUUUUAUCCAAAGCAAAUGAAGACCACAGCGGCCCCAGAGAUAUAGGUCGUAGUGAGCAGAUAGGAGGGAGGGAGACACGGCGGCAGGGGUUGAACCCACACCCUUCCGGCAACAUCUAAACCACCAGAAUAUUUAAUUUAGUGUACACUACAUGGUGAAUAAUUAACUCUUUAUUGGUCUUGUUCCCAAAAACGGCUGCGUUGUCUUGGGGGCAUAAGAUAGGACAAGACGGAGAGAUUGUAAAGUUCUGGUUUGAAUGUCUGAAAACGUGCAAAAUGAAUCCCGGUGGUUGGGGGCAUCUUCGCCCUACAGAUGUGACAUCGUCAAAUUCCACUCAAUAGGUGGUUAUUUGGGAUUAGUAAAAAAAAUAAAAAAAGAGAAAAAAGAGAAUCAAUACAGGAAAUAAGCCUCUCUGCCAAAUUACAAAAUGGAGGAUUUGUUCGGUAAAAAAAUAACUGAAAAAAAAGCACCACUGUGUCUACAACCUUUUGAAGAAAGAGGAAUAACUGCUGGAGUUCGAAGGUCACCAAACUCCUGUCAGAGACUCUAUGAAAUGCGGUCAGUGGGUAAAGAUAUAUCUCUGCUGUACAGCGAGAGAGUCCUCUUUGCUAUGUAGGACUGGGUGGACAUAUUCUCUUAAGGCUGGACACAUGGAUUUGAGACUAAAUCCUUCUUUUGUGACCGUGGAAUGUUUUUGGUUGAUUUUGUUGCUUGCUUUCCGCCCUUCGGAUCAAUUUUUUGAAGGACACGGCAGAAGGACUUGAAUGGAUGAAAACCAAGCCUGAAAAAAUAACUGCUUUUUGGGGUCAAUACUUGUUUUUUUUCAUAUGCAGACAAGCCUGGCAGUAAGUUUUGAGUUGCUUCAGGCAGACUACCUUUUAUAAAAACUUGCUGUGACCUCUGUGCUAUUUUGUGUGUAUUGUAUCGGCGGCAAAAAAACAGACUUUAAAAUGCAAUUGAUUGAUUGAGGUUGGGGGAUCGUUGUAUUUUUACUGUGUGUGUGUGUGUGUGUGUGUGUAUGUGGGUGUGUGUGUGUGUGUGGGUGUAUGUAUUUCUAUAUGUAAGUAUGAAUGUAUGGAUGCUGAGGAGAUGGCUAAGUCAACGGGAUGCAGGGGUUGAGGGAAGGAUUGAGUUAAGGUUCUGACGAUAUUCCUCCUGCAAAUGCUUCCUCAUCCUAAUCCAGAGAACUGACAGAGCAUUGAAUGUGUUAAAACUAUUAAAGUUUGGUCCAAAACCUG